AUGUCUUUUAAGGAGAACGUAUACCUGGAUGACCAGAGUGUUGUAAUCAAUAGAGACGGAAACACAGAGGGUCAUCAGAAUGAUACUUUGAAAUCGACAGACAUCCAAUACCCAUUGACAAAGAUCAAUUCCAACACAUAUCAACCCAAUCGCAUCGAAUCUACCAUCAACGCAAGACAAGCACCUGCUCCAGAGCAACCUGUUUUCAAAGCAGAACCAAUCAACAAACCGGUUAGUGUUUCCAGUGCUGAUGAAUUUUACGAAGCUUCACCAAUCCUUGAAGAGGAGGAGAUGUAUUUCCCUACCCUCCUCGAUGAAACUAAUUAUCCGGUGGUUCACGUCCCAGUUCAACCCCAUAUGUCAAAACCAUUGAACAAGUUUGCCGACCUCAAUUUAAAGAAUAUCCCCAUAGCGCAAACGCCGAAAUCAUUUCCAUUAGAUUCACAAGGGGCCAAGGACCAAGACGAAAUUGCUUUGUAUGAUAUUAUGGAGUACGAGUUUGAAAUGGUUGAUGAAUCACCGGCAUGGUGUCCUUGA